CCCUGGGCGGUCGGACGGGCGGGCUUUAGUCGGAACUCCCGCCGUAUCCGCUGAGAGACCCGAAAUUCUCCGUUCCCUGGGACCAGAGCGGGGGCAGGUGGGGGCGCAAGCCCCGGGGAUGCUGGGCUCGGUGAAGAUGGAAGCCCACGACCUGGCCGAGUGGAGCUACUACCCCGAGGCGGGCGAGGUCUAUUCCCCGGUGACCCCAGUGCCCACUAUGGCCCCCCUCAACUCGUACAUGACUCUGAAUCCUCUGAGCUCUCCCUACCCCCCCGGGGGGCUUCCCGCCUCACCGCUGCCCUCAGGACCCUUGGCGCCCCCGGCUUCCGCCACCCCCCUGGGGCCCACCUUCCCAGGCCUGGGCUCCAGCAGCGGCGCAGGCGGCAGCUCGGGGUACCCGGGCCCGGGCCCGGGGCUGGUGCACGGGAAGGAGCUGCCGAAAGGGUACCGGCGGCCCCUGGUCCACGCCAAGCCGCCCUAUUCCUACAUCUCGCUCAUCACCAUGGCCAUCCAGCAGGCGCCGGGCAAGAUGCUGACGCUGAGCGAGAUCUACCAGUGGAUCAUGGACCUCUUCCCCUACUACCGGGAGAACCAGCAGCGCUGGCAGAACUCCAUCCGCCACUCGCUCUCCUUCAACGACUGCUUCGUCAAGGUGGCGCGCUCCCCGGACAAGCCGGGCAAGGGCUCCUACUGGGCCCUGCACCCCAGCUCAGGCAACAUGUUCGAGAACGGCUGCUACCUGCGCCGCCAGAAGCGCUUCAAGCUGGAGGAGAAGGUGAAGAAGGGCGCGGGCCCCUCCACCGCCAGGAACGCGGCAGGCGCGGCCUCGUCCACCCCCGCGGCCUCCGCCACGGUCACGGUCACGUCCCCGCCGCCCCCGCCCCCUCCCUCCGAGCCUGAGGCCCAGGGUGGGGAAGACGUGGGGGCUCUGGACUGUGGCUCGCCCCCGUCCUCCACACCCUAUUUCACGGGCCUGGAGCUCCCCGGGGAGCUGAAGUUGGACGCGCCCUACAACUUCAACCACCCGUUCUCCAUCAACAACCUGAUGUCGGAACAGACGCCAGCGCCUCCCAAACUGGACGUGGGGUUUGGAGGCUACGGGGCUGAGAGUGGAGAGCCUGGGGUCUACUACCAAGGGCUUUAUUCCCGCUCCUUGCUUAAUGCAUCCUAGCAGGGUGGGGGCAGGAGCUUGGUGGUGGGGGGGUUAUGGCUGUAGCUCACACCAUCAGGCUCUUGUGGCCUGACCCUCUUGGUGGACACUUUGCUCGUCUCAUUGGUUGACAUCUUGGUUGGUCUCUUGCUUACUGUGAUGACUGCCAUCUCCUUGGGCAUCCUGUCGAUCCUUGGGUACAGUGAUAACCUCCAUUGACAUCUUGGUUGGCCCACUGGGUGCCAUGAAGACCACCAUGUUGAAUAACAUCAUUGGUUGAUCCAUAGGGUGCUUUGAUGGCCGCCAUCUGGGGUGACAUCUUGGUUGGCCCAUUGGGUGCUGUUAUGUCCAUUUUCUUGGACCUUUGGGUGUGAUGGUGAUAUUAUUUCUAUUACAUCUUCUUUGACCCAGUGGGUGCCAUGGUCACUUCUUUUCAGGUGGACUUCUCAGCACAGUUGACGAACAUCUUUUUUGGCCCAUUGGGUGCUAUCAUGGCCACCAUAUUGGCUGGCCGAUAUAAGAGGUGUACCACUGUGCACCAUGACAGCCACCACAGCCCCUGUAUUGGGUGGCCAUGUCCUUAUUCUCUCCUUGGCGUGGGUUGGGUGGGGGAUGAAGAUGGGAAUGCUUCUUGGUUUUCUGUGGAACCCACUGCCCUUCUCUGGUUGGAGGACCCAGAAAGGGCUCAGGUCUGGGGAAUUUCUACUGAAGUCUGGUUCUUGCCUCCGGAGCAGGAUACUGGCUGUAUUUGACCAUUAAAGGCACCAUUUCCGCCUCUUA